AGAAGCGUGUGAUCACCUCUUUACUCAUCCAUAGAUUUUCGUAGCGUCUCUCUCUCCUGCUACGAAAAUUUCCAUCGAUCGCCAUGGCCAAGAGCUCCUUCAAGUUGGAACACCCCCUCGAGAGGCGACAGGCAGAAGCCUCUCGCAUCAGAGAGAAGUAUCCGGAUAGAAUUCCCGUCAUUGUGGAGAAGGCUGAAAGGAGUGACAUUCCUGACAUUGACAAGAAGAAGUAUCUAGUUCCUGCUGAUCUUACUGUUGGGCAAUUUGUGUAUGUUGUCCGAAAGAGGAUAAAGCUAAGCGCUGAGAAAGCAAUUUUUAUCUUUGUGAAGAACAUCCUCCCCCCAACUGCUGCUAUGAUGUCUGCAAUUUAUGAGGAAAACAAGGAUGAGGAUGGCUUCCUCUACAUGACUUACAGUGGGGAGAACACCUUUGGCUCCUCCUAAAUCUGCUCUGCAGUUCAAGAACUGCAGACUUGUACAUUAAUAUCAGAAAAAUUUGUAAAUCCGUAUUAGAUCCAUUAUGAACUUAAGAAUUCAAAGGCGAGUGCAAAACUAGUACUCCAUAUUAUGUAUCUAGUACUGCAUUGAAAAGAUUGUGUUUUUCUUCAUCCAACUGUUGGUGGAGCGGUCUUUAGUGCCUUUAGUUGACCGGUACAUGAUGGACCGCCAUUGGUGGAGUUACCGCCAAUGGAGCCUGGCUGAAAAGUACAAUUACAGCGGCGUUACCAAAUGCCUGCGGUAACGUUUGCCUGGAAUUGAGGCAAGGUACACUUUGGAAAAUGUUCCAAAUUAAUUGAUUUUUUUUUAACAUUAUAAUCGUGGAGGUUUGCCUGGAAGAAGCCGUGCCAGGAAGCCAUGGUACACUGGGAAGUGGGAAGUAUUGAAUUCCAAAGUAGCUGAAAUUAUAUAUUCCAAGUUUACUAUUUAAGAGUGUUUUAUACGAGUACCUUUCUAUUGUGAUCCACAAACUGUCAUUCCGAAUGGGAUAGGGGUACCACCACCCAGCGGAGAACUUCUUCCUUGGUAACAAGAAUGACGAAUAACAAAAUACCCCUAGAGGGCAGCGAGGAUGAGGAGAUGGAUGAAUGUUGGAUGAAAGAGUUAUUUAGUUUAAUAUCAACGUUUGAGUUAAUUUGUUUUCAGGCGAAGGACCUAAAGCUGCGUUUGGAUUAAUUGAAGUGUUACAGGGGAUGACAUUUUCAAGGUGACAAUUAAUGGAUCGGUAAAUGUGUAUCGGAUCCAACAUUGGUAGACGCAGUGUCACGUAAGGAAACGCUUUCUUGGAUUAAAGAAAGGGGCCUGUGGGAG